GCACAUGCGCAGUGCGUGGCGGGGCGCCUCAGCCGGCGGUUGGUCGUGGCCGGCGGGGCCCCUGGCGCUCUCGCCGCGCCCCCUCAGCCGCUGGCUGCCCCCAUGGCGGAGCGCGGCCCCGGCCCCGGGGAGGAGGAGGAGGAGGAGCCCGACGAGGAGCUGCUGGUGCCGGAGAAGGAGCCGCCGCCCGUGGUCGUGAGGGGGGCGCCGGGGGGCGCCGUCAGGGUCAGCCUCUGCGGCGGGGGCGGCGCGGCCUCCGGCUCGGACAGCGAAGGCGGCGGCGAGGAGGAGGAGGAGGAGGAAGAGGAGCCGCUGCUCGGCGCGGCCGCGGCGCCGCCUUCGGGACGCGGCCGCAGGAAGCGCGGAAGACGCCUAGACGUAGGAAAUGUUGGAAAUACUGCAGAGAUGAAUUUAUUUUUGGAUGAUCCUGAAUUUGCGGAAAUUGUGCAACGAGCCGAACAAGCCAUAGAAUGUGGAGUCUUUCCAGACAGAAUCUCCCAGGGAUCAAGUGGAAGCUACUUUGUCAAAGACGCAAAGAGGAAAACAAUUGGAGUGUUUAAGCCAAAAUCUGAAGAGCCUUAUGGUCAUCUCAAUCCAAAAUGGACCAAAUAUUUUCACAAGAUCUGUUGCCCUUGCUGUUUUGGUAGAGGCUGCCUUGUUCCUAAUCAGGGAUACCUCUCUGAAGCUGGUGCCUAUCUUGUGGACAGCAAACUGGGAUUAGGAGUGGUUCCUAAAACAAAGGUUGUCUGGAUUGUCAGUGAGACCUUUAACUAUAGUGCAAUAGAUCGUGCAAAAUCAAGAGGCAAGAAGUAUGCUUUAGAAAAAGUGCCAAAAGUUGGGAAAAAAUUUCAUCGAAUAGGACUACCUCCAAAAGUUGGCUCCUUUCAGUUGUUUGUUGAAGGCUACAAAGAGGCUGACUUCUGGCUCAGGAAAUUUGAAACCGAACCUUUGCCUGAAAAUACCAGGAAACAGUUUCAGUCGCAGUUUGAAAGAUUGGUUGUGCUUGAUUAUGUCAUCAGAAACACUGACAGAGGCAAUGACAAUUGGCUAGUCAGAUAUGAAAAGCAGAGUGAUGGCACUGACCAUUCAGACAAGGACAUCCAGUGGAUUAACGAAAAAGAACCUGUUAUUAAAAUUGCAGCGAUUGAUAAUGGUUUAGCUUUUCCCUUCAAACAUCCUGAUGAGUGGAGGGCAUAUCCAUUCCACUGGGCUUGGCUGCCACAAGCAAAGGUUCCUUUUUCUCAAGAGACAAUAGAUUGGAUUCUUCCUCGUAUCUCUGAUAUGAAUUUUGUACAGGAUCUUUGUGAAGAUCUUUAUGAACUAUUCAAGACUGACAAAGGUUUUGACAAGGCUACCUUUGAAAAUCAAAUAUCUGUUAUGAGAGGGCAGAUACUUAAUCUUACUCAGGCACUAAAGGAUGGAAGAAGUCCUCUGCAGCUUGUACAGAUGCCUCGUGUGGUCGUGGAGAGAAGUCAUGGUGGGACGCAAGGACGGAUUGUUCAUCUGAGCAAUACAUUCACUCAGACGUUUCAUAGCCGGAAGCCGUUCUUUUCUUCCUGGUAGGAGCUGGAGAAAUGGUUUCAGUUUAGCAAGAAUUUAUUGUGUGAAGGUUUCACAGUAAUGUUCUGCUGUACAUGGACUGCCAAAACCGCAAAACCUUUAAGAUUUGUAUUUUGAAUGUAAUAAGUUUACAGUUUGCUUAAAAUUGUGAAAUUCUGCAUCAGGGAAAUGAGCUUGUCCUAUACUAUAUUUUUGUAGGCAGAAUUGAUGUUUUCUGUAGUUUAAUAUUAAGGGGCAAUGAAGAGUUUACAAUGCCAAAGACUACUUUUGACUACAAUGUUAGAAUUCAUUACAUUGGACAGAAAUGUCAGAAAUCGUAGUUUCAUUAUUGUUUGUUAAAACUGGAGCAGAGCCUUUCUGUCCUCCUCCUGAAAGAAAGCUGCCCUGACAUUCCUCUUUAAUUAUAUCAAAUUUCUACAUGAGUUCUUAGAGCCUUCAUGUAUUCAGACAUUGCGAAGUUAUCUCUUAGGGGACCAAUUUCACUACUUAUGCAUUUGGAAACAAAGGGCAUGAAGGUGUAGAUUAAUUCCAUAAAAAUACAGGAGGGAAAAUUAUUUCAUCAUCCUUCAGAACUGUUUUUACUGAACUCACAGAGCUCUGCAACUUAGUUUCUAUGUCCUCCCAGCAUCAUUGUCCUGUUUGUAAUGAGAAGUGGAAGGGAGCUUUUAAUCACACGCGUCUUGGCGCAUCAAGCAUAUUGUGUGAUUGGAGUCCAUGCUUUCAGAUACCUGCCUAGGCUUGACUCUUUCCCUGAGGGAGGGAGGGCUUGUUAGUGGGAUGUAGGAGGCACACGUGUGGGUCAUACAAGGAGAUGUAAAUUGGAGACUUACUCCUGCAUCUUGCCGUCUAGAGAGAGAAUGUGGAGGGGCUGCGUAAGAACCAACUGUAGCCUCAGUUCCAGGUCUUUUUCUCCCAGGUGAGCCAACUUUGAACCAUUUUCUUGAUGUUUAAAUGUACCUCAUGGGGAAGAGACAAUAAAAGCACAUUAACGUCCCUCUGGUUCUUACUGAGUUUUAAAAUACUACCAAGGUAUUGUGUUUCUUGUGGCAGACCAAGUUAUUCAGUUUUAUGGUUUUUUUUUAAAUGCUCAAAGAAUGCACAUACAGCUUUUCUGGUUAGAGUUCUGUUUGUCUUACUAUGCUUUUGGUCUUGAGAUUUUGUGACCUUUUUUUGACUGAUGUAUUAAAAAAAAUCUUUAGGACAAGAUUUCUGCUAUGUUUCAUCACAUUGUUUUACAGCUUCCCCCCCCCCUUUUUUUAAAAUUGCAGUCAAUGCCAAUUUAAAUUCAUCAGCUUGACCCCAAGUUGAAUCAUGUCCAUUGCUGCUAUGUAAGAAUCCUUGCCCUGAAUUCUUGGGUCCCAGUCUCCUAGCCACUCCACCUUAUUGGAAUCAGAAAAGUUUGAAGAUUGGUUUAUUCUGUUGGUUCCCAUCCAUUUCUUAUCAUUAAAGUUCUUAGCACUUUGUGACUAUGUUGCUGAAUAUAACUGUAUGCUGAAACAUCAGUUAUAGACCUAAAAUUUUAGACACCUUAGUAAUACUAUUUUUUUUAAAAUUCAGUGUUAUACUUGAACAUAAUGACCUCAAGUAAUGCCUACAGCAAAAAUUGCUUUUUACAAAAGUUCUAUAUUAAGUAUUUCUGGUGACGCUGUAUCUUAGGCUGCUGAGCAAGACAGCUGAACUCCUUAAAAUAGUCACUUUUUGAUUUCAUACAAUUUGGGAGUUGGCAAACCAAUUAAUGUAGCAUGUUGGAACAAUAUACUUGAUAUACUAAAAUGUCUAAGCCUUAAAAUAUAAAAUUUAUCGUACUGUGGCUUUAGAAAACAAAGUUGUCAACUCUAUAAGUUUACUCUGGUUUCAGUUUUUAUCAACACUUAAAAUUUUUAAAGAAUGUAUUAUCAGACUCUGCUCACAUUAGACAAUAAACAUCAAGAUCUGUAUCGUA